AUGCGACUCGCGCUCGUGAGUAUUGCAGCGGCGGGUGCCGGUGCGUAUAUCAGGUCCCAGCAAACCUCCGGCUCAUCAACCACGUUAAAUCCAACCCGGUUCACUCCAUACUACCUUGAGUCGAAAGAACCGGUCUCGUCAUCGGGGAGCGUCUUCACGCUGAGGCCGCCACACCCGGAUGAGAGCAACCGCGCCGUCUACGACGAAGCUUGGAGGACGGGGGUAUGGAGCGUCAUGUUUAAGCAGCCACAGUUGCAGAUUGGAAGGGACUACACCCCACUCCCGUCAGUAUCAACUGGCGAAGAGGAGGACGUAUUGCGGUUCUUCAUCCGUAGAGACCCCUUUGGCGAAGUAUCCCGGUAUCUGCAUAGUCUGGACGUAGGGACUCCCAUUGAAAUACGGGGACCGCGGAUUGAGUGUCCGGUGCCUUCCGACACUCAGCAGGUGUUGUUUAUCGCCGGAGGGACCGGCAUUGCCCCUGCCCUCCAGGCCGGAUAUACGCUGCUUCGCCGCACCAGCAGUACUCACAAGCCUCGAAUCCACAUUCUGUGGGCUAAUCGCCGCCGGGAGGAUUGCGCCGGCGGAAUCAACGAUACCACCACGACAACCAAACCUGAACGGUCUUGGUUCUCAGGGAUUUCCCUUUCGAAAAGCUCAACCCCUAACCCUGUUUCUCCUCCCAACUCUACCUCGUCCGCUUCUACUACUCUUGUCUCGCCCAUGGUUCGGGAGUUGGAGGCUCUCAAAUCCCAGUAUCCGGGGCAGGUCACGGUGGACUAUUUUGUCGACGAGGAAAAUGCAUUUAUCGGGAAAAACGCAAUCCUGGAACUCACGAAGUCGGCUUCAUCCUCCGGCGGGUCUCCGCCACGCAACAUGAUUCUGGUGUCGGGACCGGAGGGGUUCAUCAGCUACAUGGCCGGCCCUAAGCUGUGGGCACAAGGCAUGGAGCUGCAGGGGCCGCUGGAUGGGAUCAUCCGAGAGCUUGACCUGAAAGACUGGGCAGUGUGGAAGCUAUGA